AUGCGGUUGAAUCAAGACCGAGCAAUUCGAGAGAUUUCGAGUAGCACGGCUCGAUUUGUUGCGACGUCGGAGUGGCUGCAACGCUCUUCCCAGCGGGGCCUAUUCUCGUGGCUGAAGGGAGGCAAGGGGCGAAAACGUAGAGCGAACGAGCACCCUGCAGCUGCGCCCGAGUGGCCGGCCAAGCCUCAGGUCGAGGAGGACGAUUUCGCAUGGCUCGAGGCUGCCGAGGGUGAGCAAGAAGCCCGACCCUAUAUCGACGCGGAGAACCGAUACACCAAGACGGUGAUGAAGGACUCACGUCCCAUUCAGCAGCUCCUGUACGAGGAAAUGGCAGACCGCGUCGAGCCGGAGGACACUGUGCCGGAGGAGAUCGAUGGCUAUCUAUACUAUGUGCGUUUUGUCGAAGACGGGCAGUUCCCUGUUUACUGCCGACGGAAGGCCGACUCUAGCAACGCGCCCGAGGAGAUAUUGGUGGACCAGAAUAAGGAAGCUAUGAACCACCCCUACAUUUGCAUCAACUUGCUCAAGGUCUCCUCAGAUAACCGCAUGUUGGCCUUCACCAUGGACACCACCGGCGGCGACUCCUUUUCGGUGCACGUCAAGGACCUCAAGACCGGUGCUAGGCUCAAGAGUGACACCAUUCCCAACGUGGUCAGUGUGGAGUGGGCCGAUGACGGCAAGACCUUGUUCUACACCGUGCCCGAUCACCUGAAGCGACCGUACAAGCUCUACAGGCACGUCCUUGGAACACCUAUCAAUCAGGAUGAGCUACUCUAUGAGGAACACGACCAUGCCUUCUUUCUGCACGUUGACCGGACCAAAGACAAGAAAUUCAUCACGGUCAUGUCGAACGCCAAGACGACAUCCGAAGUGCGCGUCAUCCCAUCAAACCAGCCCACCGCAUCGCCCGUCCUCAUUCAUCCCCGCGAGCCAGGACUUGAGUACUACAUCGACCAUCGAGGGGAUGACUUCUUGAUUAUCACCAACGUGGGCAACCAGAUGAAGGACUACGCCAUCAUGCGCGUGGCCGAGAAGGACGUGGGAAACGGACGCGAACACUGGCAGACCGUGCUGUCUCCCUCCCCGGGCACGCAAAUCGAAGACGUGGACGUCUUCUCCUCCCACAUCAUCUGCGUAUUCAUAUACAGCUACGAGCGAUCCAUGGGUCUCCCGCAAGUGCGGGUGUUCAAUCUGGAGAACCAGGAGGUCCACCUGGUGCCUUUGCCAGAGGCGCUGUGCACCCUGCACCCGGGCGGCAACGGGGUCAAGAGCCAUGACGGGACCGGCAUUCCACUGACCUUGGUCCACAAGAAGGGCCUACCCCUGUCGUCCGACAAUCCGACCCUGAUGUUGGGCUACGGCGCGUACGGCCAACCGCUCGAGGCCGACUUUCGCGCCCACCACCUGCCGCUGCUGAACCGAGGCUGGGUCAUCGCUCUGGCGCACGUGAGGGGCGGCGGGGAGCUGGGGCGCGAGUGGUACCGUCAGGGCUGCCAGCUGAACAAGCACAACUCGUUCCACGACUUUGUCGCCUGCGCCGAGCAUCUCGUGAGCAGCGGCUACACCUCGCCCUCGCGGUUGGUCGCCAAGGGAUCGUCGGCCGGCGGCCUGCUCAUCGGAGCUGCUGUCAACAUGCGACCCGACCUGUUUCGAGCGGUCAUCAUGGGCGUGCCCUUCCUCAAUCCCCUGGCCGCGAUGACCAACGAGUCCCUCCCGCUGACCAUCCACGAGUACGACGAAUGGGGUAAUCCCAACACGGACGAGGAGGUUUACAACUACAUCAAAUCCUACGACCCUUACAUCAACCUCUCGCAGCCCAACCUACGGCACGGCCGCUAUCCGUCGAUGCUGGUGACCACGUCCACGCUCGACAACCGCGUUCCCUUCUGGAGCCCCGCCAAGUACGUGGCCAAGCUGCGCGCCCUCCAGCGAGCCGAAGCCCCCCACGGCGAGGAGCAGGCGAACGGUGACGCCAACGAUGGCGAGGCCGAGCGCGUGGUGCUGCUCAAGGUGAGCGACUCGACCGGGCACGGCGGCGAGGGCGGCCGUUACAACAACCUGAAGGAGGUGGCCUUCGACCACGCCUUCCUGUUCAAGAGCCUCAACAUGCAGUAA